CUAAGUUUAGAUAACAGCACAAGAAACCACAAAAAUGUUCAGCAAGAUAAUCUGCUUCGCUGUCGUAGUCGCCACAGUGGCGGCUCAAUAUGGUGAGCACGGCCACGGGCACGCCUACUCAUCUCAACAGAUCUCUCGCCACGAUGGUCCUGAGCACGUUGUGUCUGUACAUGGACAUGAGGGUAGUCACGGUCAUGGUCAUGGACAUCACGUUGACUACUAUGCUCAUCCAAAAUACCAGUUUGAAUACAAAGUAUCGGAUCCUCAUACCGGUGACCACAAGAGCCAGCACGAAUCCCGCGACGGUGAUCACGUGACCGGUUACUACUCGCUCCAUGAGCCCGAUGGCUCUGAGAGGACUGUUCACUAUUCCAGCGAUAAGCACAGCGGUUUCCACGCCACCGUGAAGCACGACACUCACCAUAUUAUACCCGUCCAUCAUCAUCAUCAUACGCUGUUAUUUUCAACACUAUUAGCGGCAACUGCGGCCCAAUUCGGGUCUAAUAAUGGAUAUAACCACGGUCAUCAUGGUCAUGGACAUGCAUACUCAUCUCAAUAUAUAUCACUUCAUGGCGGACACCAUCGUGGUGGGAACGGGUUUGGUCAAGGGGAAGCAAAUGGACAUCAUAGUGGUAUAGGAGCGCAGAAUCACGGGCAUGAACAUGCAUACUCUUCGCAACAUAUCUCACAUCAUAGCGGACACCAUCAUGGUCAAGGUCACCACCAUGAUCAUGGACACCAUGACUAUCACGCUCAUCCUAAAUACGACUUCGAAUACAAAGUGUCAGACCCUCAUACUGGUGACCACAAAAGCCAGCACGAGAGUCGCGACGGCGACCACGUGUCUGGUUACUACUCACUGAAGCAGCCUGAUGGUUCUGAACGUACAGUGCACUAUCACGGUGAUCAUCACAGUGGAUUCCACGCUACCGUCAAAUACGGAACCCAUCACUUAGUGCCACAUCAUCAUCACCAACACCAUCAUCAUUAG